CCUCUGUGCGAAGGCGAAAGGAUGGGACAUAAUUUUUGCGGGACGAUUCGAUCAUUUCUUCUUAUUUUGGCGCUGUCUACGUGCUAUCUCACGGCUGCUCCACCUGAUGGGCAAGCAAGAAUUGAACAACUGGAAGAAAAUUAUGUCAACAUUAAAGAACAUUUUGAAGCCAAAAUUAUUGAUUUGGAGAAGAAAGUCGGUCAACUGGAAGAAAAAAUUAAAAAACAGGAUUCACUUUUGGCUGUCUUGAAAAAAGGACUUCACCCUUUGAAAGACAAUAUCGACACCAAUCAACAUCUUCGUCCGAACGCAAUUCUUCGUACGUGCCAUGAAAUUAACGUCGCAAAUCCGUCAUACCCCUCCGGCAUGUACUGGAUUGAUCCAGACGGACAAGGCAUCGGAGAUCCACCAAUCCACGUCUAUUGCGACAUGGAGGCACCCGAGGCGAAUGGUGAUAACUGGUGGUUUGAUGCUGUCAAAGGCACAACAUCCAUUGUGCAUGACAGUGAGUCGGAAAUGGACAUAGGAAGUUGCACAGAACCCGGAUGUUAUUCGAGGCAAAUCAAAUAUAAUGCAAGCGAUGUACAAAUCCAAGCGUUGAUUCAAUUCUCCGAAAACUGCGCACAAAACAUUGAGUAUUAUUGCAGAAACUCGCCGUUGAAGUACAACGGGACCGUCUAUGCUUGGUGGUACGACAAAGACGGCAACAGGAAAGAAUUUCCCAGUUCGACGAAUUGCGUCAACCUCGAUGAUACAGAAAAGACAGAGCACGAUUCGAUACUAAGCCGCGAUACGGUGCCUUAUACGCGCAUCCUUUUCAGCAACCCGUUUAAGGGCUCCGGCAAACACAAAGUGAGCCGCUUGCGAUGUCAUGGAAAGGAAAAUACGGAGGCAAUGCCGAGAUCGUGCGAAGAUUUGUGGCGGAUGGGACACACUCUCAACGGAAUCUACUCAGUCAGGGGAGAUAAACAAGUGGAAACUGUUUUCUGCCAAUUCGAUAAACGACAUAAUGAACAAGAUUUCCAGAAAAGGAUUGGAUAUCAAGACAUAAAAACAAGGCCAAUAUACUUCUACGUACAGAAAGACAAAAGUUUUUCGCAAAGUAACGUUUCACUUCCGUUUGAGCGUAGCUUAGUCAACAUUGGAGGAGCCAUGGAUUUGCCAAGCGGCGUAUUCACAGCACCCGUCAACGGAACUUACUUCUUUUCCUUUGCUGGACUCGCGCAAUUUCCGAUGCCUACAGGUCCAGAUCCAGUUCCAGUGCUAAGGGAACUAGGCGCGAAUCUUUAUAAAAAUGGUAUAUCAAUAGCAACCAGUCAAGUAAAUAAUGGCUCCCCCGUUUCAUCUCCGUUUAAUCUAAGUCCAAUCACCAUUCAAAGUACUGUAUCUUUGCAAGCCGGAGACAAAGUAUGGAUCCAAAUAUUUAUUGGGAAGAAUGGGGGGUAUCUACACGGCAACAACAAUCAGGUAAACCCGGGUGCACACACGAAUUUUAACGGGUUGCUUUUAGAAGAAGAAAUCUAAGCAAUGCAGACGUUUUCCACACCCCAAUGUGCCAGCAAAUCCUACGACCACAAACAAAAGGCACCAACGAACAUAAAACGUCCUUUAAUCCCAAUUUCAAUGUAGUUUCAUAUCUCUUUAGGGACAUUAGAAGACUAUUGUCGACAUCUUAGUGAAGAAGAUAAUAAAAAAUUCAAAAAGAA